AUGCGCCAUGCACAAACUACCUCCCGAAGAGGAGGUGACUACUCUCGAUAUCGGGGUCGUCGUCGGGGAAAUACCGAGACGCAGACCCCGAGGUCCAGUGAGCAUAGUGAAACCACAGAAUUACAAUCGAAUGGCUUGCAGGCGGAGACGGUGGGCGUGGACAAUGAUGCCUUUUUCCGUGGGGGCGUCCGGAAUCCCUUAGAAGCUCUUCAAAUCCUUGCUCAGACAGCCGCCACCGCGGGGGAAGAUGUCAGCAUACCUUCGCCCGAGAGGACCCCUCCAAGAUCUGAUGACACAGAGCAUGAGGUGGUGAAGCCUGUGCCUCCUAAGCCUUACAACAAGGCUAAGGCAUCCAUAAUGGCCACAGAGAUCAUCAAGGAGGGAGUCAUCGACGUACACGACAUUGAACCCCUGGUACAGUACAGUCUAUUACACGCAGAAGACCCUGACCACCAAUGGGCUACCGAGAUUUUUCUCCUUACCUCCGUCCUUACAAUAGCUACUCAGAACAGGCCGGAUCAAAAGCACCUUCAUGACCGGAUCAGGGGGUAUAUCGACAAGCUAAUACUUCGUGUGACCCUUGGUGCUCGGAGCGUGCGACAUGUUGGCACUGUUGAAGGCUUGCUGCUCCUGGCCGAGUGGAUGCCACAUCUGAUGCUUUCCCAGGAUCAGCCUUACAGCAACAACUCUGAGCAGAGCAAUGCAUAUGACGAGGACUGCGUAGCAUGGAACCUGAUAGGCCUUGCAGUCAGACAGGCAUAUCUAUUACAUCUAGACACACAAUCCUUUCCUUUCGAGGUGGAAUCCGAGCCACGUAGUAUGCGCUGCCGGAGACGACUGGCGUGGAUAUUUACUUAUCUCGCCGACCGGCAAAUAUCAAUCCAAAUGGGCCAAGCAUUUUGGUCCCGCGGACCUAGUCUAUCAACCCGAUUCCGCACCCAAGAUUACCCAUCCCUCCAACCGGACGUCACUGGCGGUACGGAUUACGCCUCCUUCGUCCAGGCCCAAGUAGAACUAACAACUAUCUUCGGGAACACCCACGACAUUCUCUACGCAUUGAAGUCUCGCACAUUGCAGAUAAUGGUCGUUGGCGACUACUCCAAAUACCUCGAUGAUUCCUCCAAAGCAAUGGAGAUGUGGAAGGAAACCUGGUCGAACGUCGACAUUCCCCCGUCUCUGCACUGUCUCCUCAACCUCCAAUUUCGGUACCUACAACUCUACGUCAACGCAUUCGCAUUCCAGGCAGUUCUAUAUCGCUCCUCUAAAACCAUCACCAACACGAGCCAUGAAGACAACACACCAUUAUUCCCCGACAGCGUUAUGGCCAGUCCCGAUGCUCGCCACAUCUACGCAGCCAUCAGCGCGGCCAGAGAUUUACUCCAAGCAUUCGUGGAAGAGAUGACCCCAUCCGCCAUUGUGAAGUUUCUUCCUGUUCGCUAUUACCUCUACGAAAUCUACGCCUCCGUCUUCCUGUUCAAAGCCUACUCCGUCGGAGCCAUCCCUCCCGACGAAUCCCAAACAUACUUCAACCUCACCCGACAAUUCAUCUCCAUGCUAAAAGCCGCUGCUACAAGCCAAACGCAUAUCGCCCAUCGCUACGCAAAAUUACUAGGCCAUCUUUGGUGUCAUGGGAAAGUUACUCCCGAGUUGCACCAGGGUAGGGACAUCCAAGAGGACGAAUAUACUACUCUGCAGCAGUAUGCCGCUGGUGCGCCUGCGGAUUCUGACGAUUCACUCCAGCCAGUCAAUGUGGAUACUGAUUUGAUGGAUGUGUUUUCGGGUUCUUUGCCGCUGGAUCUAGGCCGCUCUUGGGAUUCUGAUUUUUAUGAUGAGACGCUAUUUUCCAGUUUGCCGUUCUUUCGUGGGUUUCGGGAUUUGGAAGGUGAUUAUGUUGCCUGAGGCGAGCUUUCUGGGUGUGCGAUGUACUAGUUCUAG